CUGAAAGUAACAGUAAAACAAUGAUUAUACCGACUCGCCAUAUAAUAAAAUACUUUUGGAUAGUAUACUCAAGCCGUGUCUCUGUCGUGUAGGCUAAACGGUGCAAUGAGCAAUUCAUCCGUUCUGGGAGGCUACUCUGUCGUACAGCUCCCGCUCAACUCUGCGUAAUCCCCGGAUGAAGCUGUCAUGGCUGCCAUUCCCUGAGCUGUCAAGCCUACAAAAACAAAGAGGCCUGAAUUGAUAUGGAUCCAGCACGCGCUGAAUUAGAUGUCCCUGCUGGAGGUAAUAUAAAAGUUGUCGAGGAUGACAGAAACUGGAACAAACGACUCCGUCUCAGGAAAGCUGCCGUUCAGCCCCCAGCCAUGCAAAGUAAAGAUAAGCAUGGGCCAAAGAAGAUAACAGAGGACAUGGAGAAAAGCACAGAGCAGACGUAUUUGAAGAAGACGCCCCUUAAAGUUCAAGAGGGUCAACAUGUGACAAAGGUUUCUGGAAAUAUACUUGGGUUUAGAUGCUCUGAAUGCAAGGACAGCACAGUAUUCAGCCCUAAUGACUUACUGAGGCACUUUCAGGAGACUCACCCAGGAAGCCAACCAAUUUUUCCCUGUGACAUGUGCAGUUUUAUUACACAUGAAUUCUCCCGCCUUAAAGUCCACCAAUUAGGCCACAGAGACACUUUUGUCAGCUGCAACAUAUGCAAUGACAAUGUCCAGCACACCCUCUUGCAGCUCACCACUCAUUUAAACAUGCACCACAGCUUGAACGGCCACUACUGUUGUGAGAAGUGCAAGUUCUCCACAAGAGAUGUCGGAGCAUUUUUGGAGCACCUGUAUCUACAUAACUUUGCGCCGCAAGCAGGUUCUGCUGACCAGGAUUUGAUGAGACAUCUCAUGGCCAAAACAGCACAAUUCCGCUUCAGUUGCCAAUUCUGUGACUAUAAAUCUCAUCGAAAAUAUAUCAUCACAAGGCACAUGGCCACCAUUCAUGGUGAAGAGAAGAGCCAGAAAAACAAGCCGAAAAUGAAAGAUGUUGGUCCUAAAACAGUAGAUAACUCAUCUCCAAGACUGAAGCACACAGUGACGAGUACAGCGAGGGAAAAUAACUGGAUGUCACAAGGCUGUCUUUCUCUGCCGGGGGAAGGAUUCCUGGAUAAAUAUUGCAGACUGUCAAAUCCAGAGAGGGCUUUGGAGGAGACGAAGCAAUUUUUAGAGAAGUCUGUGGCUGCUGAAACAGGUGGGCAGACAUGGAACGAAGCUCUUAAGACUGUACUUUCAAAUGUGCCCCAAGCCAUCACUUCCUUUUCAAACUCAGAAAACUGCAUGAUAUCCAAUCCUGGAUUCACAAACACAGACAAAGACCUCACUGUCCUCAUGCUCAAAAACAAGAUUUCAGUUCCUCCGGAUGUCACUACUGAAGCCAUUGGUUUCAAAAUGGUGGAAGGCAAAAAACAUUUGGUUCUCAAGGUUACACCAGCAGCAAAGCAAGAGACCUCUGACACAACAAAGACGUCAUUGUGUGUCACUGAGCAGGAAUCAGAGAAGAUUGCUUGUCAAACUAGUGCUGGGGACUCCAAUGCAAACGGAUGCCAAUCAAAUUCAACUAUCCCCCCAAAGACCAGGCCAACCAGUUGUCCAGAGUCAUUCUCGACACAAAAUGAUAUUGACACUAUUUCAACCCUAAAGUUAGUGGAAUAUGAUCAAACUCAAGAAAAUAGAGAAAACCGGGAAACAAUGGUUGGCCAGGAACACCAGAGACAUGACACAGAACCCAAAGAUGUGAAUCACUGUGAAGAUACAGCAGAGGACAUGAAAGUGCCGAAGUUGACAGUGGAGAAAAGUGAGAAAAAGCUCAAAUCCUUUCCUGAACCUCUGUGCUCUUCCAAGACUAUGGGGGACAAAAAAAGGUGGAGAACGAAAGUGGUCAGCCCUAAAACUGUAGAGAAGAAAUCAUCACCAGCAUUAAAGCUCCUCCUGAAGAAGAACCCAGUUAAGGAAAUGCAGUGGAUGUCACAAGGUCCUCUUCCCCUGUUAGGAGGAGGUUUGCUGAACAAUUCCCACAGACUAGAGCACCCACAGAAAACUUUGGAGGAGACGCAGCAAUUUCUUAAAAGAGCACUGUCAACGGAAAAUGGCAAAAAGAAACAUACCAAGUCCAAAGUGGUCACACGGUCGUCAAAGUCAGAGGGAGGCUUUAUUCCAAACCUUGGACAUUUCAGCCCCAGAGUUAACAACCUUGGUGCCCUCAUGGUAAAAAAUAAGAUUUUAGUUCCUCCCAAUUGCACUACAGAGGCCAUGGGUUUCAAAAUGGUGGAUGGCAAAAAGCAUUUGGUUCUUAAGGUUACACCAUCAGACAAAACAGAGACAUCCUUGCAUUCCGUUGAGACAAAGGAAGACAACACUCUAUCUGAAAGUUGCACUAUGAGCCAGAACAGUUUAGUUGUUGUCGAGAAAAGUCAGCCAAGUUCUAAAAUCCCUCCAAGCACCAUAACAAAGAGUAACCUAGAAUAUCAUUUUGAAAAUGUGGAGCUUCCAAACACUAAUGUCAGUUCUGAAAACAGAGAAGGAAUUAACAAUGGCGUGGAUUCUCAUGUCCUAGGUGGCCAACAUUGUCCAAGGGUAGGCCUACCUCAUGUAUCUAAUGGAGCCAAAUCAGAUGCAAAUGAUUUGGACCAGAUAACGGAAGAUAAGCCUGACCUGGAAGGCGUUGGAACUACAGAAGCUCAGGUCCUCAUGGUGUCUCCCUCCCCUAUACUCAAAUACCUUACUUCCCCACAAGGUAUAACAAACUGGUCAGAGAUUCCAGUCCACACUCCAGAUGUUUAUUCUCAGGACUUCCCUCCCAAUACCACACUAAGAGAUGGAGGAAAACAGGAGGUCUUUGACAGGAUUUGCCUCUCACCACAGCAAAACAAACAGACAGUCAGAGGAAAGAGGCAGAGCGAACUGUCCACAGAGGACUCCCUUGAGCCCCUCUCAAAAGCCAAUAAACCCUCCAGCAAAGUUGUGGAAGAAAAAGAGGCUUCACCAGCAGCGGCGCAUCACUGGGAGCCAGGCCCUAGAGAUGUGGAGAGGACCCUGAAGCUAUUGCCAUUAAGUCCCACUCAACUCAUUACACGUCCAAGGGGAGACCAGCCUGUUGUAGUGCUAAAUCACCCAGACACAGACAUUCCCGAGGUUACAAAUAUCAUGGAAACAGUCCACAGGUACAAAGGGGAGGUCCAAAAAGUUUUGUUGUCUCGAAAAACAUUGAAGGCCUUUGCAGGCAUGGGUUGUAAUAUGUUUAGGGCAAAUGCCCCAACGAAUGCCUCCAUCUCUCAUCAACGUAUGUGGCCUGAGAACAGAGUGAAAGAGAGAUUCAUCUUGAAAUUGAAGCUGAGAAAGAUGAGCAGAAAGAAGUACAAAGUGGUGAAUGCAAUCUCUCACAGCACUGAGCCUCCAUUACGAUUUAGCUGCUGGUUUUGUGGCCGAGUCUUCAGUGAUCAGGAGGUCUGGAUUGGACAUGGCCAGCGCCAUCUGAUGGAAUCUACUAAAGAGUGGGAUAAGCUGAAAUGUGAAAAGUCAUAAUGCAAUCUACACUGGAUUCAAAGUUGAGAAAGGUGCUCCUGCACAAAAGCAAUGGACAGAAAAUAUUAAAUUAAUUUCACUGUCUUAUUAGAGAAUAAUGUUGAUAAGGAUGACAAAAUAAUAGUGUACAAAAUCUAUGUAACAACAUGAGUUCUUUGAAAAUACAGGGCUCUAACACUCAGGUAAAAUUUGCAUUAUUAUUAUUUUUUUAAUGUUUUUUUCUUCAUUUGCUCAUAUCUAAGUAUUUAAUUUGAAACCCACUUAUGUUUCAGUGCUACCAUCGUUUUAGAUAGGAUGCAAUCUAUUUGUUGUUUCAGAUAUGUCUAACCAACAUGCAAUGCUAUACAAGUUGAUGUAAGUACAUUGUCAUAGGGACUCUUUCACAGAACACUGUAAUAAGGACACGAAUGAGCCAUACUCCUAAAGCUCUAAACAUGAACAUUUAACAUUAUACGGGUAUGUAUAGUGUGUCAUAUGAUUAUAUCACACACACACACACACACACACACACACACACACACACACACACACACACACACACACACACACACACACACACACACACACACACACACACACACACACACACACACACACACACACACACACACACACAAUCCCUGUUAAGGCCCAUAGAAAAUAGGGAAUGUUUUUGUUUGAAUGCAUACAGUACAAAAUGUACCAAAAAUAUGAAUGGUUUCGAAUAUAGUAGUAUCCAUAUGUGGGGCACAUUUUGUUAAGUUAGUCCUGCACUAGUAGCAGGAGUAGUCCAACGUAUUCACCUUUUUAUAAUUUAACAAAAUCCAUAGUAUGUUAUAGGAUGACUGAUGGCAUGCCUGCAAUAUAGCCUAACAAUGCUGGUUUUACAUGCAAAAUAUUGUUUUUCUGAAAGAAAUUCCUAUUGUGACUUGAAAUUAUUGUUUUUUUUAAUAGGAUUAUGAACAGACAGUGACUAUUUCUUCCCAUUAUCUCACUUUAUGAAGCUUAUGACAAUAUUGAUAUGCAUGUUACUGUAUGUUUCCUUAUGUUCUGAAAGUGUCCAUGGAAAGGGAUACUUUUAGUUAGUCAGCACAGGACCAUUGGUCAAAUGGACCCAAAUCAUAAAUACACAUAGCACAUCUUUCUGACCAUACCCUUUCUGCUUGCACACGUCAGCAUUAGUCAUCCACCAUCUAUUUCUGCAUUUAAACAGAUAAUUGUCAAAGUGUCUCUCUACAUCACAAUCACAGUGCAUCAUUGUAAUGGCGCGUAUGUUCAGCAGCCCCUCUAGGCAUCUCUUUCUCUCUCUCUCUCUCUCUCUCUCUCUCUGGCAUGGAUGAAUUAUAGGACGUACCUGGUUUGGAAUAGUAGUCAGGGAAAGAGGUACAAUUUUGACUUAAGAAAUAUUUGUUUUUCUCCAAGUGCCUGACCUUUACACAAUUAAUAUGUAUUUAUCUUGAUACACAUCUGGUAGCAUUAUGUGUUGUACAGAUCAAUAAAUACAAAUAGUUUGACAA